AUGGUUCGCGCAGAGGAGGAAUCUCAGGGCUACGACAAGGAGUCUUACGAGUAUUCUUGCAGCCUUUCGCAAACCCAGACAUCGCACGUCGAGCAAAGUACUCAGACCAAGAGGAAGAAGAAGAAGUCUAGCAUCUACCUCCUUGAGCUAGCGGGUCCUUUCUCCAGUCCCGAGGACGUUCAAAUGAUCUGCGGUGCUUCUUCUAUGCUGCCCUUGAGUUUCAGCGGCACAGGCGACGACGGCUCUGCCGCCUCUUUUUGCAAGGUUGACGAAGCAACCAAGAAAAUCCUCCUCAGUCACCUUUCCGACAUCGAGUCAACCUUUCAACCCACAUUUAUCCGCUACGCAAAGGCGGAUAAGAAGCUCUCCGCGACAUCGAUGCAUCCCACCCUUGGAUCCGAGGCCACCUUGCCCCAUCACCGCCCAAACUCUGAGUCCCAGAUCGAAUCAGAUCAACGACUACUCCCGACUCAGGACCAGUACCCAGUCUGGUACUUCUUCUACGGUACUCUUGCGGACCCCACUGUUCUGAACAAUCUUCUCGGUAUUGAGCCAGUUUAUCGAGCUGCAAAGGUUCGCAGUGGCCGUCUCGCAACUUGGGGCGGAAAGUACAAGGCUUUGGUGGAUGCGUCGGCCUAG